AUGUCUCAUCAGCCAAAUAAAAAAUCAUUAAGACGAAAACCCCCACCAAUAGAUGACUCGACUCCUUUUAGUAUUUAUCAAAACCUAACAUCUAAUCCUGAACAAUAUUCAGACUUCCAAGUUUCAUUGUCCAAAUCACCACCUAUUCAAGUAAAUACAUUUGUUCAAUCUUCACCACCUAAUUAUAUCCAGCUGCCUCCAAGUGCACCACCCCCUCCCAUACCAGUCCAACGACCAGAAUAUACCCUGCAGGUGGGGUCAUUUCCUGAAGCAGCAUCGGCACCUGUGGAUCAAACUAAUUAUAAUGUUUCAAUGAGCCUGGAGUUCCCCUUUGACGAGUCUUUCAUAUCAAUGGGUGGCUCGCCAAAGCCGAAAGGUCCAAAGCAAAUUUGGGAGUAUGAGGACGAUAGUAUUAUCUCACAACCUAUAGAAUACGUUCGGCAUGCUUCAAUAAAUAGUACCGACUACAAGUCAAGACCAAGAGGAUAUCAACAAAUGUCUACAACCUCCCAAUCUGCACCUUUAGAUAGUAUACCGUAUCCAAUAGAGGAUUUGCUGCCUAUUCAGGCUAAACCUACUACUACUACAGCUCCUUAUCCUACACAAAACUUUGAAGAUUCAAUUGACAACUAUUAUGAAUCAGAUUAUGAUUACACUUUUGAAGAUGAUUCUCCAUCCCAGAUGCAAAGUGUCGAUAAAUAUGGGAAUGGUGUUUCGCCUCGAAUUGAUGAUGUUCCUGAUUUGACUUCCAAACGAAGUCUGCUACAGCUGGCCCAAAGUGUUAAUACUCUGUGGCAAUCGCAUUCUCAAACUAAUCUGAUUCAAUCAGGUGCUAAUCUGGUGGGUAUUCAAGGACAGUUUCCAAUGUCUGCUCCGCCUUUUUUGGAGUCCCCUCCGAGACCGAGUCUUCGACAAUUAGCAACCAAGAAUUCUCAAAACUUCCCUCCACCUAAUACCCAAGCAAUAGAUUAUGCACUGGAUCUGUCAUAUAGUAGAUCUCCAUCUCCAACAAGAAGAACAAUUGAUAGGACAAAAACUGUUUCACUGGGCUUCACUUACGCCGAAAGCGAGUUUAUAGAAGACUUUUCGGAAGGAUAUAACGAAUUUGCUGUUCAACAUGGACCAAGCUCAAGAUGGAAUUCUGUUAACUCCAACGCAACACACACACCAGAAAACUUGUUCUGGGAUGAUGGGUACCAGUUGCCGACCGAAUCACCAGCUACUGAAUACUUUGAUUAUUCAAUGUUGCCUGAAUUGCCAAGUGUCAAGCCUUUACCUAAAUCACCAUCAUAUUUACCUGAGGUGCUUGCACUGAAACAGCAACAAGAGCUACCCUCGUUGCCACUAGAACUACCUGAUUUGCCAUUUAGCUCAGCUUUUUUGCAGUCACAGCAUUUUGAAAUUUGCUCAAAGAUUUGGUCACUUUCAGAACUUUUCAAGUGGUGCUUGAAGUUAAGAAUAUGGUUGAACAACCUGACCAUCUCUAAAACAGAGUUGAAAAAGGCAUUAGGUGGUUUAUUAGCUUUCCAUCGACGUGACGUGCCAUUGGACGUGGUAUCGAACAAUGCGGCGGCAGCGUUUGAAACUUUUGUUCUGACUGGUGCAAUCGAGGUAGUAGAAGAUGUUGAAGCACAGGGAAGUGAUAAAACUUUAAUUGUUAUGAAUGAAAAUGUGUAUUUGAAUGGAGUUUUGCCAUUACUUACAGAAUGCUAUUCAAAUUUUCAACAUACUAAAGAGGUGGAACAGUCUAACAUGACGUGUUAUUCGACAUGCUGCACCUUGAGUAAGUCGAUGAAUUUGGAGCGGAAAAUGCGAAAUACAAACAUCAAGGAUAUUGUACUAGAGCAUGACUGGACCAGUCAUUGGCAUUUGACUGUGGAAGAUCUUAAAACUUUGAAUCAUGCUACUAGUAAGCAGCAGUCUCUCAUAUUUGAUUUGAUGAGAUACGAACAAACAUUCAUUCAAAGAGCUGAUUGCUUUGUGGAAGUUGUCGCGCCUGAGUUUAUCAAAGCUGCAAAGAGCUACUUUGGUCAGAAUAGUGAGAAAUUAGCAAAAUUCGAACAAGAUGUUAUAAGUGCGGGAAAACAAAUAGUUGAUAUCCAUCGGACAGUUUUAUUUGAACCUUUAUUGAAAAUUUUAAUUGCAGAGGGGAAAUUCAUUAAGAAUUUGGUCGGUAUAGGGCAAACUUAUAGUGAUUGGGCAUUUGAAGUCAAGCCACAUUUAAUUAAGUACAUGAGCUGCAUGCCAAUGAUUGAAGAACUUCUAGGGAUCGAAACAAUAAAGGCGUUUAUUGACAACCGUAUUAGUACUUUGCCCAGGGUGAGGGAUUUGAAAGUGAAUGUCGGGAUUUUGUUUAUAAGUACUUUUAAUUCAAGGUAUAUGCAGUUGCCAUUGCAGUUGGAGGAUAUCUACAAGAAGUUUGACGUUAAUGAUCCCGAGCACAUAUCGAUGCUUAAAGCAGCUAACGAUAUCAGGAAAUUGGGGGUAAGAAUAAAUGAUUCCAAAAAACUGGCCGAUAAUAAUUAUGCAAUAUCUGUGAUCAAGGACCAGUUAUUAUGGAAAAGUGGAGUGACACAGAUCAAUUUGAACUUGAACUCGCCAAAUCGAAAAUUUGUUUGUCGUGGUGACUUGACGAGAAAAAGUGUUUUGUCAAAGCUUCAAACAGCAAAUAUCAAUCAUAUUAUACUACUUGAUAACUAUGUUCUAAUUACGGAUCGCGCAAGAAAUAGACGUGGGGGGUUGGCUUAUAAGAUUUUGGAGGAUCCAAUUCCUGUUGAGUAUUUGAUUGUGGAGGAAAAAGUAGUUUCGACGAGUACAUUGCUUUCUAACCAAAAUUCUUUAGGUACAACUCAACUGGGCACAGCUGAUGCUGAAAAUGACGACAGUGAUGCAUUUCAGUUAAAGUUGAGGUAUGCUGGUAGAACAAAGAGAGCUUAUACUUUUUCAUGUGGUACAGAAAGAGAAAUUAGAGAUUGGGUAAACUAUUUUAUUGCGGCAAAGUCUACCUUGUGCAAGCGUUUGGCUCAUUCUAACCCUUAUAGAGUUGUCCUGGUGUCAAAUACUGUAUUUGGUUACGAGAAUAGUCAUCGUGUUACCAAGCUUCAAUUACUUGCUCGUUAUGAUCCUAUUUAUGAUAUUUGCCAAGACUCCGUGGAAAAAACUAAGAAAUUGAAUCUCUGGAGUGAUUUGUACAACCCAAGGUUGUCUCGCAAUCGUAUUGUUUUUAGCAAAUUGCAAUGUAUGUGCUGGUUUGAAUAUAAGGGAUCCAAGUACAACCUUGUUGCUCUUGAAGCUGGGUUGUAUAUGUGCGAGUCUAAAGGUAGAUGGAAGAAGAUCAUAGGUGGUGAUAAUUACGUUCAAAUGCAAGUGGAUUCGGAAAUUGGUAUUGUGGUGGUAUUGACUGAGAAGCAAUUGGGUUACUAUCCUAUACAUCAGAUUUUGAAUGUCUACAACGAAACGAAACUGAACUUGACAUGUAUUCCUUUGUCAAAGGAUACUGUAUUGUUUUUUGAGAUGGGUCGUCACAAGAAUGUUAAAAUGUUAUUUUAUGCCAAGAAGAAGACAAAUGGUAGUAUUCAUUUCAAGGUUAUGAUUCCACAAAUAGAUAACGGAGGCAUCUUUAGUAGGUUCAAGGACCAUGCCAGAUUUUAUAUAGAAGCUGAAUGCUUUGGGAUAUCGAUAUUUAAUUCAUCCUUUGCUGUUCAUACUGAUAAAGGAUUUGAGAUUUUGACGUUGGAUAAAUUGAUCCCUAGUUCAGUCCCUGAAUUACCACCUCCUGUUGAAACUGAAAAAAAGAAGGCUGAUCCUUAUGCAACAAGGAAAAGUAAGCCUACAUCCCUGGUGGAAACCAUUAGAAUGUUAAUUAAUGCCAAAUAUAAGCCAAUGGGGAUGUACAAAUUGAACAAUAAUAAAGAAUUCCUAUUGGUUUACAAAGAAUACGCCAUAUUUAUAAACAAACAUGGGAAACCUUCACGAGACUUUAUUAUCCAUUUCAAGGCACACCAUGUUUAUUUUGAAAACAACUAUUUAUUUGUUGUCAAUGAUCAAUUGAUUGAAGUGUGGCAUAUAGGCGAUCAUCCCAAAAAGGCCCAAGUAAUCAUUGGGAAAGAUAUAAAACAUUUAGGACAAAACGGGUUUUCCAUGGCUAACCCGUUGGUGCCCGGAUUGCAACUAGUAUUUCGUUUGGUAGAGUAG